GUGCUCUGUGUAGGCACGGCUAUGCUUAUAAUUGAUGAAAUUCUACAGGAAAGCUAUGUUGUCAAAUCUUGUUUAAACAGAGCACAGCUCAUACGGUCGUUUAAUUUUUCCAACAUCUUAAAUGAAUUUGAUUUGGAUAGCGGUGGUGGUGGUAUUCAGCAAUUUUAUAAUUUCAACAGAUGGAAGAGGAUGCUUCGUCGAUCCAACACAGACCAAAUGUGGCACCAGAGGACGGACAGAGUAUAAAGCACAGGAAAUCGAAGAAAAUCCAAGUUGUGAGAAUUCCUAAUGAACAACAAUGGAUUUUGUUAAGGGAGGCCAAACGAAAUUGCACCUACGACAAGCUAACAAAAUGGACCAAUACGUCACACAAAGGCUUGAUGUGUGAUUCUACGUUUGAUGACGUCAUGUGCUGGCCACCGACGGCUGCAGGGACAACCGCUGCGCAGUAUUGUCCUAGUUACAUCAGUAAUUUCAACGUAACAGGUCGAGCAACCCGACAUUGUCGCAAGGAUGGUACAUGGUACAAACAUCCGGAUAUCAAUGUAACUGGAUGGACCAAUUUCACUGGGUGUCUAAACAGACCAAAAGGGAACCUCUUAAAGACGUUUACGCAUCUUGAAAUCAUCUAUGGAAUAGUAACAACUGGGUAUUGUCUGUCCUUUGGAUGUUUGUCGAUAGCAGUUGCCAUUAUGCUGAUUUUCAGAAAACUUCGAUGCCCAAGAAAUACCAUUCACUUAAACAUGUUCCUCUGCUUUAUGCUGCGGGCUAUCAUCUGUUUUGUCAAAGACUUAUACACAGUUCCGGAAGGCCGGUCACAUGUGGAGGGCGGAACAGCUAAACUUUCAACUGUUGGAACGACAUGGCCUUGCAAAUUAGUCCAUUCCGUGUUUAAUUACGCCAUUCUCGCAAGCUACACCUGGAUCUUUGUAGAGGGAGCCUACUUACAUUCAUUGAUUUUUAAGACCAUGACAGAGUCCAAGAAAUUUCAUCGAUAUUUGAUUGUGUUUGGAUGGGGUUUUCCGGUUUUGUGCAUUGUUCCAUGGGUAGUUGUUCGAAAAACAUUAGAGGACACACUGUGUUGGAGUACGCACAGUCCCGAACACAAAUUUGAUUGGAUAAUUCGUGGACCAAUCGUAGUAUCUGUUGUGGUAAAUUUCACAUUCUUCAUUAACAUUUUACGAACUAUAUUCAGUAAAGUGAACGAUUCAACAAAACACAUCCCCCAUCGACACAGGCGGAUGAUUCGCUCUACGUUGAUCCUUAUACCUUUGUUUGGCGUGUAUUACGUGAUAUCGGUUACAAUGCCAGAUUGCAUGGACGACAGAACGGAAAUUGUGUGGCUGUAUGUUGAAAGUAUUAUCAAUUCCUUCCAGGGAUUUCUGGUUGCAGUCCUGUUUUGUUUUACCAACGCGGAGGUAAAAAAAGAAGUUCAUAAGGCUCUGGUAUCACGCUCAUCAAAGAAACUACUUCAUGAAGGUGAAAAACUGAACAAAAAACGGAGGUCGAAUUAAUAAAUUGACUUCAUAAUGAUCAUUUUUAUUUGUACUAACCUUUCAUAUCAAUCCAUUUGUUGAGGCACAUUUUCAGUAUCCACUUUUCAUUACGAUGCAGCAUUACAAAUGUAUCAUUGACACGAUAAACUGUUAACUACUUUGUACAUUACUUUUUUUAUAGGACUAUCAUUUGAAGUUUUUUGUAGAAAUGUUAUCUAUUCUUGAAUAAACACCACUACCAUACUA